UAUAUACAUGAAUAGUUGGAAGAAAUAAAGGAUCCCUGGGAUAAUUGAAAUAUUAUAAUAUAAUAGAUAUAAUGCACAUCGUGCAUAUAACUUUGAUCAAAAUAGUGUUGUGAGGGAACCGGGGGGGGGGGGGGGUAAUCACCUGUAGUCGCAUGAAGAGUGAGUGCGUAUGUCACAUGCCACUGUCACUGCUUGUCCUUGACAUCCUCCUCCUUUUUUCCUAUUGAAAUGAAAAAAGGAAAGAAAUAAAUUAGUGAUAAAAUCGACAUAACAGUAUAUACACGCAGUCUUUAUCAUUGUUAUUAUUUUAAUAUAUAAAACACACGUGAAAUCGCAAGCCAUAAGGCUUCGCUUUCGGCUGUUUGAUGAUUUUGAAGGUAGGAUUGAGUUAGUUGGUACACUUGUUCCAAUAAAUAUAUUCCAGGGGGUACAUACUUGUUUCAAGAAGAUCUGUUUGUAAUUUGAUUUGAAUAAGAAUUCACUUGCUAGUCUGUUAUUGAAAUAUAAAAUCAAAAUAGAUUAAUGCAUUCGUUAUUGUAUCGUAUUUGGUUCAGGUAGGUAUGUUAUGCAGCCAUAUUGCAACACAGUACACCACGAGCUUCCAGAAUUGAGUUGUGCGUUCGAUUAUUAGAGGGAUCAUAAUAAAUUUUGGUGUGCACGUCAUUCUAAUUUUUUUCAAGAAAAUGAAAUAAAUGGUGCACAGGAAAAGAUAGGGUUAGGAAUAGUAAACAAAUGAGAAGGAAUUGGCCGCAAGAUGGCAGCAGUCACGAAUAUUGAUUUUUGUUUUCAGAGGCCGUACUGGCGACGGCGGUCAGCGAACCGUUGAUUGGACAAUAGUUGCAAUACCCCGGCGGUAAAUGCGAACGCCACAUCGUGUAUAAAAAGGCAGAAAAAAAGCGGUGAGGGGUCAUUACACGAAUGCACACUGCUCCGGUCUGAUCUUCAACUCGUUAUCAGCUCAUCUCAUCAGUAAAACAUCAUGUCUGGAAGAGGAAAGAGUGGAAAGGCCCGAACCAAGGCAAAGACUCGCUCAUCCCGUGCUGGUCUUCAGUUCCCAGUGGGACGUGUUCACCGAUUUCUUCGAAAGGGCAGCUAUGCACAGAGGGUAGGCGCUGGGGCACCCGUCUACAUGGCUGCAGUAUUGGAGUACCUGACUGCCGAAAUCUUGGAACUCGCCGGUAAUGCUGCUCGUGACAACAAGAAGUCUAGGAUCAUCCCUCGUCACCUUCAGCUCGCCGUACGCAACGACGAGGAACUGAACAAACUCUUGGGUGGUGUGACAAUCGCACAAGGUGGUGUACUGCCAAACAUCCAAGCCGUGUUGCUUCCAAAGAAGACCGCUAAAUCAAGCUAGUUUGCCUCGCCCGGCGAACCCCCAUUUUCAACGGCCCUUAUCAGGGCCAC